AUGAGUCAAUUAGAAGUAAAAUCGAAAACUAAUGCAGUCCCUAUCAUGUUUACUGAGGGAGAGCUUGCAAAACUUCAUAAACCAGGUGGUAAUCCACAAAUUAAACCUGAGUUAAUGGAACAACAUUUGAAAGAAACUGGUGGUAAGGUGGUAACUCGAUUUCCUCCAGAACCUAAUGGAUUUUUACAUAUUGGUCAUGCAAAAGCUAUCAAUGUAAAUUUUGGAUAUGCUAAAGCACAUGAUGGAAUAUGUUAUCUAAGAUAUGAUGACACUAAUCCUGAAGCUGAGGAAGAGAUUUAUUUUACUUCUAUUAGAGAAGCGGUGGAAUGGUUAGGGUUUUCACCAUACAAGAUCACAUAUUCUUCUGAUUAUUUUGACAAUCUUUAUGAAUUGGCAAUAGAAUUAAUUAAGCGUGAUAAAGCAUAUGCAUGUUCAUGUACACCUGAUGAAAUGAAACAGAUGCGAGGUGGUGAUGAUCAUGGAGAACGUAAAGAGUGUGUGCAUCGUAAUCGUCCAAUUGAAGAAUCACUAGCUGAAUUUCAAAAAAUGAAGGAGGGAAAGUACAAGGAGGAAGAGGUAACCAUUCGUAUGAAGAUGGACAUGCAAAGUGGAAAUCCACAAUUUUGGGAUUUGGUUGCGUAUCGUGUUUUGCACACACCACAUCAUAGAACUGGAACCAAAUGGUGUAUUUAUCCAACUUAUGAUUUCACACAUUGUCUUUGUGACUCUUUUGAAAAUAUUACACAUUCACUUUGUACACUUGAAUUCCGGACAGCUCGUGAAUCUUAUUAUUGGUUAUGUGAUGCUCUUGAAGUAUAUAAACCUGUUCAAUUUGAGUUUAACAGAUUGAGUAUUAAUAAUACAGUUUUAUCAAAACGAAAAAUAGCAAGAUUAGUUAAUGAAAAAUAUGUAAAAGGUUGGGAUGAUCCACGGCUAUAUACACUACCAGCUUUAAGAAGACGUGGUAUCCCACCAGAAGCCAUUAAUCAAUUUGUUUUAGAACUUGGUGUGACCACAUCAAAUUCAACAAUUCAAGUAUCACGUUUGGAAAAAUAUGUUCGUAACUAUUUAGAUGUCAAUGUUCCAAGAUUAAUGAUCAUUAUAGAUCCUAUUAAAGUAAUAAUUGAAAAUCUACCUGAUGAUUAUGUUGAAGAAUUGAUUGUUCCUUUCAAACCAAGAGAGACAUCUAUGGGAGAGCAUGUAGUACCAUUUAGUAAAGUAAUUUAUAUUGAAAAAGAUGAUUUUAGAGAAGAAGACUCACCAGAUUAUUAUCGUCUUGCAAUUGGUAAAACAGUAGGCUUAUUACAUGUUCCACAUUGGAUCACAUGCACAGGAUUAAAAAAAGACACAAAUGGAAAUAUAGAACAUUUGAUAUGUCGGUAUGAGAAUGUAACUCCAGUUACAGUUAAAAAACCUAAAACAUAUAUCCAUUGGGUAGCAGAAACACCUACCACCAUCAAUAAAAAUCAUCAAUCUCCAAUUCGAUUAUCAAAAGUUCAAAUAUAUAAUAAUUUAUUCAUAUCAGAAAAUCCAGAUGGGAAUCCAAAUGGUUUCUUGGCAGAUAUAAAUCCAAAUAGCUUAGAAAUUGCUACUAAUUCAUUAGCAGAAGUUGGAUUAAAAGAAAUUAUUACCAGAUCAUCACUAUCAUCAUUUGACUAUUCUAAAAAAAAUUAUGAGAAUGUUCGAUUUCAAGCUAUCCGUGUUGGUUAUUUUUGUCUUGAUAAAGAUUCUGAAUUAGUUCAUGAUGAUGAUGAUGGCGAGAAGAAUAGUUAUAUGUUUAAUAAAAUUGUUUCUUUAAAAGAGGAUCCAAAAAAAGACUUGGACAACAAUUCAAAAAGGGACUCAAAAAGGGACUCAAAAAAGGAUUCAAAAAAGGAUUCAAAAAAGAAUUUAAAAAAAGAAUUAAAAAAAGAAUUAAAAAAAGAGUCAAAAAAAAGUGAAGAAGUUUAA